UCCUGUUCUCAUCCCAUUCCCCUUCAAACUCGUCGAACCAAUUCUCAGUUUCAUCUCACAGAGCUUCAAAUCACCAACGAAUGGAACUGGAGACGAAGACGACGAGGGCGAAAGUAGAAUAAACAGAUCAAACUGUUCAAUCUGUAGAGUAUGGGUGAAGAAUCGAGGAAGUGGGUCCUACUGGUGGCGUCGAUAUGGGUUCAGGCAUUCACAGGGACGAACUUCGACUUCUCGUCCUACUCGUCGGAUCUGAAAUCGGUGAUGGACAUAACUCAGCUUCAGCUCAAUUAUCUGGCGGUGGCUUCAGACAUGGGAAAGGUAUUCGGAUGGUGCUCUGGUCUGUGUUUGCUGUAUCUUCCUCUGUGGCUCGUCAUGUUCAUCUCUGCGUUUCUCGGUGUUGCUGGCUAUGGCCUUCAAUGGCUCGUCAUUCAGAGAAUCAUCUCUUUGCCUUAUGUUAUGGUGUUUCUUUCAUGCUUGGUCGCUGGUUGCAGUAUCUGCUGGUUCAACACAGUGUGCUACGUCUUAUGCAUAAAAAAUUUCCAAUCAAGUAUUCCUCUUGCACUCUCUAUAAGCAUCAGCUUCAAUGGUGUAACUGCAGCUCUAUACACUUUCAUUGUCAACUCAAUCAAUUCCAGCGAUGACACUCUCUACCUCUUGCUCAACGCCCUGGUUCCUUUACUAAUCUCCUUUGUCGCACUCGUUCCAAUCUUGAUUCUCCGGCAGCAACCGGCGCAUGCUCUUCCACCGUCUGACUCCAUUCUCCGCCACGACUUCCCAGUCUUCAUCAGCCUCUACAUCCUUUCUCUCAUCACAGGCAUGUACCUCCUUGUCCUUGAUACCAUGACUUCUAGCACAACCUGGGCACGUAUUAUCCUUGUAGGAGCUGUCUUUCUGCUUGUGAUUCCAUUGUUCGUUCCCAGGAUUGUGUAUAGCCGUUUCGUUUCCUUGAGCUGUUGUCUGCGAAACUCCAGCUUCGAUGAUGACGAUGAGAUUGAUAAAGGGCUGAUUGGUGGUGGUGGUGGUGGUGAUGAAGAUGAAGAUGAAAAGGAAAGUGUGGUUUUGAUGAGAGAGAAUAAACUUAAGUGUGGUUUUGUGAAGGAGAUGAUGGAGAGGGACAAGAUGAGAGUGAUUUAUGAAGAACAUUCAACGAGGUUGUUAUUGAGAAGGUUGGAUUUCUGGUUGUACUAUGUGGCAUAUCUGUGUGGAGCUACGAUUGGAUUGGUUUACAGUAACAACUUAGGGCAGAUUUCAGAGUCACUGGGAUUUAGUUCAGAGACUACUUCUAUGGUAUCGUUGUACUCCAUAUGUUCCUUCUUUGGUCGUCUUCUCGCUGCUGGCCCAGACUUCAUGAGCAACUGGAAGAUACACUUUCCAAGGACAGGAUGGUACACAAUAGCCCUGAUUCCAACACCAAUCGCAUUCGCUUUGCUUGCAGCAUCAUCUGGAAGCGAAGCAUCACUGAAAAUAAGCACAGGCAUGUUGGGUUUAAGUUCUGGCUUCGUCUUCUCUGAAGCAGUCUCCAUUACUUCUGAGCUCUUUGGGCCAAACAGUGCUCCUGUGAACCACAACAUCCUCAUCACCAACAUCCCUAUAGGAUCAUGUCUCUUUGGCCUUAUUGCGGCUUUGGUUUAUGACUCCAAUGCUGAUUCGUCGUCGAUGGCGACACGUGGCAUAAGCUGGUUGCUUGGCAUGUCGAUGUGCACUGGAAAGAAGUGUUACUUCCAAACUUUCAUAUGGUGGGGUUGUAUUUCCAUGGUGGGUUUGGUUUCAAGCUUGUUGCUCUUCUUGAGGACUAGGAUGGCUUAUGACAAUUUUGAAAGAAACAGAAAGAGACACAGAAAUAUGACACAGAACUGAUUAGUUUUAGAUAAUUAAUGUAGGAGGAUGUGAUCAUGUUUUUUAUUGAUGUCCACAAUUCCAAAAUAUUGGAUCAAAAACUGUGUCACGAGAUAUUUGAAUGUGUAAUGAUACGUAAAACGCCAUCGUUUAUAAGUUUGCAUUGUUAAUUAAAUUGAUUUUUGGAUCAAGAAA